AUGGCCACCGAUGGCGCGUCGUCCAUUUCCGUCACUGUGCGAGUCCGCCCGUUUACCAUAAGAGAGGCGGCGCAGCUGUCGAAAUGCGACGAUCAGGCGCUGUUUCUGGGAGAUGGCUCCCUGGCCGCGGUGCCGACCCCCAAGUUGAGCUCAAAGGGCAUCCGGCCUGUUAUCAAGGUCUUGGACGAGAAGUGCUUGAUCUUCGACCCUCCGGAAGACAGCCAAGUAUCGCGCAUGGGCCGGUCGACAAUUGGCCCCCAGGGAAAGCGGGUCAAGGACCAGACCUUUGCAUUCGACCGAGUCUUCGAUGAGACGACCACACAAGGCGACGUGUACGAGGCCACGACCAAGCCCCUGCUGGACAGUGUGCUGGACGGAUACAAUGCGACCGUGUUUGCAUACGGCGCAACUGGAUGUGGAAAGACGCAUACCAUCACGUGCGUCACAAUGGACACGGAGGGGGGAACGUCGCAACAACCCGGCAUAAUCUUCAUGACCAUGCAGGAGCUCUUCGAGAAGAUCCAGGAGCUGCAGGAAACAAAGGUCACCGAGAUCACGCUGUCGUACCUGGAGAUCUACAAUGAGACGAUCCGCGAUCUGCUGGUCGAGGGCGGAAGCACCACAUCGCUGAUGCUACGCGAAGACGCCAAUCAGGCCGUCUCAGUAGCAGGCCUCUCUAGCCACCGUCCUCAGAAUGUAAGUACACCUUCCAACGCAUUCGACCAACAAGCUGAUGUUCUCCAGGUCCAAGAAGUCAUGGACAUCAUCGUCCGCGGCAACGAGUACCGAACCAUGUCGCCGACUGAAGCCAACGCAACCUCGUCUCGAUCACACGCCGUCCUGCAAAUCAACGUCUCUUCCAAAGACCGAAACGCCUCCGUAAACGAGCCCCACACCAUGGCUACUCUCAGCAUCAUCGACCUCGCGGGAAGUGAGCGAGCAAGCGCAACCAAGAACCGAGGAGCGCGAUUGACCGAAGGCGCCAACAUCAACAAGUCGCUGCUCGCCUUGGGCAGCUGCAUCAACGCUCUAUGCGAUAGCCGGAAACGGAACCACGUGCCGUACCGUAAUUCGAAGCUCACGCGACUGCUCAAAUUCUCGCUUGGUGGCAAUUGCAAGACGGUCAUGAUCGUGUGUGUCAGCCCUUCCAGCGCUCACUUUGACGAAACGCAAAACACCCUACGAUAUGCGAACCGAGCGAAGAACAUCCAGACCAAGGUCACGAGGAACACUUUCAACGUGAAUCGCCACGUCAAGGAUUAUUUGAAGAAGAUUGAUGAGCAGCGAGCUCUGAUCGACGAGCUGAUGAAGAAGCAGACGGACUUCGAGGGUAGUGCGCUCGUCAAGUUCCAGAAACAGACCGAGAGGAAGGAUAGCGUCAUCCGCGACGCCAUGAUACGUUUGCGCCAGUCCUACGCAGAUUCGGAGCCUGAACGCAAAGAUCGACUGAACAUGAUGCGGACAUUGAAGCAAGCAGAGAAGCGCAUUUCGCUCAUCUCAUCAUGGAUUGCGGCAUUCGACAACGUUAAGGACGUUCGCGAAAGCGAAGACAUGCCCUCGCAGAUCACAGCGAUGAGGGACACAGCGGUGGGCAUAUCGGCAGAACUUGAGCAAACCCGCCAGCACUGCCACCGACGCAUAGAACGGACAAAUUGGACAAGCAAGAUGGACACUGCGCUAGGUGUCGGACUAAAAGGCUUGUCUGACAUUGACGGGUCAAACGAUAGCCAAGAUGGCGCAAAUCUCACAAGAGAGUACGAACUGCUCAAAGCGAACGCCGACCGAGAGGCGUUGAACGCGCUAUUAGAGCAAGAAAAGGGUGCAGAUGCAGCAAUCGUACAAGUGCUUGUUCAGGCACAUAUCGAAACAGUUACCAUAUUGAGCCAGAUCACACAGCUGAGCGAGGAGGAGGCCGUUGAGCAGGCAAGGAAACUGAUCACCAAGAUCAUGAACUCCUGCACGAACGCAACCUCCCAAGCGAUACGACCAGACGGAGGGCUCCCCGUAACUGAGUUCUUCGCCCCAACACAUCGAGGCACACCAAAGAGGCGGAAACCAGUGAAGAUUGUGGAGCCUUCACAGUCCUCACCUAUGCGACCUAUUGCCAUGCCGAUGCCAAUGCCGGCAUUUGCUGAUGCACCACAUCUCACAUCGUCGCCAAUGAAGGCUUCACCGCGUCGUAGGAAGAUGGGUCUUGUGAAGAAGGGAGUACAGUUCUCUCCAAUGAAGAAGAAGUCACCAUCCAAGACCAAGCGUGGAGUUCGAUGGCGUGACGAUACGGAGAAUGGUACUCUCGCAGAAUUUCAAAAGACACCAGAGCAUGUCGAGACUACACCAAUCGCCUCGUCGGCCGGGAUGCCCACACCAACAUACACCAUUCCCAUUGGUGCACCAGCCCUCGAUCAGAACGGCUCUUCGCCAAUACCAUCACCCCCCAAGGCAUCGGUAGACCUCAAACGAGCAGGCCGCUUUGCUCUUGGUGCGUUAUCCAAGAAGUCGGAUGGCUCGCCAGCUCCUCCCACGAUGCAUACCUUCAGCUCAGACUCCGAUAACACAUCACCUCUCAGGGAGAUUGGCGCCAACAGCCUUCGCAAAACAUCACUCAAAAUGGUUGAGAACGCAGCAUCUCCUGACAAGGCAGGCAACUCUUCAGGCUCCGAAUCAGAGAAGUGGUCAGGAUCCGAUGCCCGUAAAAUAGGAUCGGUUCUCAAACGCCGCUCCUCCACGAACGGAGGCUCCAUCCCUGCCAGCCGUGCUCACCGCCGCCGCAGUCCAACAGCGGCAACGGCAUCGUGCAGUCCGCCAAACGAGAACUCGAUGUUCUCAGCCAGCGCGGCACGUCGCAUGGUGCCCAAGAAUCCCGACGCUGAGUGGAAGAACAAUGUGCUAAGCCCACGAACCACCCCAAUCAUGAAAGGUCCCGCACGACGCACGACCAUGGCUAUCACAGGAGAGGACAGACCACGAGAACCUACAAGCUUAAGUCGAGCGCCUGUAAGAAUUAGUAGCAAUGGUUCUUCAGGCAGCAGAGGUAGUCUCGCGCCUGGGACUAAGAGUGUUUGGCGUUGA